AUGUCUCUUCACAGACUCCUCCGGAAUGGAUCGGCAACUGUCCACCGUGCUCUGCUUCCGACAAGGAAUUCAAUGAUAUGUAGAGCGCCGCAAGUUGUAAAGGAAAGAACAGCCACUCCACAAUUUCCAUCACAGCUCCGACAUGCGUCAACAGCGAGCGUAUCGGGUGAAGCUCCUGCUCAGGCAGCCUCUCGAACUGGAUUACGAGCAGCCCUCGGCUUUGCGCUACUCUCUAUUACGUAUACACUGGGAGUACUCUACCCACCCGAUCUCUACACCUUGGUCUACCCUCGCGAAGCACCUCCGUCACCAGAGAAGGGUUCCAAAGAAGCGCUCCGGGCCGCAGCAGAGUUAGAGAAACAACUCUGGCAAAUUCCGCUCGUUAGAGAGCUCGCACAAAAGUCGUAUCCUCUCAACGCGGAUACUGUCCCGGCUCAGUUCCUAGGCCCAAAGGACAUUGCUGGUGUGAAUAGCCGGAAGAAUUUGAAUGCCUCGACCACCGACAAUCCGGGGACAGAGGUUCCAACGCAUUAUAUGGUGCGGCCAUAUCUGAACCUGUCCGAGUCGUUCAGUCGCCACUCGUUUACGGCUGGAUUGAUGCAGGGCCCCGGGAAGAUGGCCAUCCCCCCUCUCCUCUUCAUCGAAACAAACGAAAAGGCCUUGACUGGUGUUAUCCAUCUCGGUAGGAGCAUCUGUGGACAUGAUGGCAUCGUACAUGGAGGUGCUAUUGCAACAAUGUUCGACGACGCUUUUUUCAGGACAGGAGUCAUGAGCUUUCCGGCUAAAAUUGGAGUGACGGCGUGGCUCAGGAUCGAAUACAAGGCGCCUACGAGGGCAGAUCAAUUUGUAGUGUUCAAGACCAAGGUCGACAAGGCAGAGGGCCGCAAGGUCUUUUUGUCUGGACAUAUGGAAGACUUGGAAGGGAAUCUGCUCGUCAAAGCAGAAGCCCUCUUCGUUCAGCCCAAGUAUGCUCACCUCGUGCAGAGCGAGGAGCGGGCGAAGCAUUAUCUGAAUCGCCCCGCUGCAAUCGCAAACACCGUAGAGCCCGUCUCGGAAAGUUCGGACAUGAAAUGA